CUUUUUCUCCUUCCCUUUUUUUUUUUUUAUUAUCAUCUCUUUUGUCUGCGUGUGUUGAGUGUGUGUGUGUGUGUGUGUCCAAUCAUAUUUCCCCCUUAACCCCUUUCCUUUUAUAUGUCGUUAUUUUCCAAACUCACCAAGAACGGUCCUGACAAGACCAUGUAUCCUUGGUCACAAAAGAAACUUAAUGGUAAUCAUCAUACUGUACCAAGAGCAGGUCAUGCUGCUACUGCUCUUUCAUCCGAUAAUAUUGUGGUUUAUGGUGGUAUUCAUAAAGGAUCAACAAAAAAAGAUAUUUCUUAUAUUGACACAAAUACCUUAUCUGCAAAUCAUUUGACUACUACUGGUGAUAUACCAAGUCCUAGAAAACAUACUGCUAUUGUUGCCAUGGGAAACUUUGUAUUAUUAUAUGGUGGUGAACCUUUAACAGCCAACGAUCCUUGGGAUCCUCAUUUUUAUUUACUAAAUAUCAACAAUCGACAAUGGACUAGAGUUCAAAUGGCAGGUACCAUUCCACCUGAACGUUCUGGUCAUAGUGCUGUUACAGUGGGUGGUAUUAUGUAUAUAUGGGGUGGACAACAAAAUGGACGUUAUUAUAAUGAAUUAUUGGCUUUCAAUACAAGUUCAUAUCCGGAAAAUCCUCAUUGGGAAUUGGUUCAUAAUGGAAAAGAUGGUCCUACCGGUCGCGCUGGUCAUGUUUCUGUUGUAUAUGAUAAUCGACUUUAUGUAUUUGGUGGUUCUGAUGGUGAACAUAUGUACAAUGAUAUUUGGGCUUUUGACUUUCAAACAAGACAAUGGGCUCCAGUUCCUGCUGCUGGUUUUAUUCCUACUGCUCGUGAACAUUGUGCUGCUGCUUUGGUAGAUGAUGCCUUGUAUGUCCUUGGUGGUCGUAAUUCUGAUCAUCAAGAAUUGAAUGAUUUAUGUGCUUUCCGUAUCCGAAGUCAACGAUGGUAUAUGUUUCAAAAUAUGGGUCCUAGUCCUACUGCAAGACAUAGUUUGACAAUGACAGCUGUCAAAGAAAAAAUGUUUGUUAUUGGUGGUGAAAUCAAAUUGGGUAGCAAAACAGAUGAUUCUUCUAUUUAUAUUUUGGACAGUGGGAAAAUCAAAUAUCCACCUGAACCUGUUAUGCAACAACAACAACAGUCAAAUUCUAAUAUAUCGCCAACUUCAUCUUCCCUUUCAUUACCUGAUCCUGAAAUGACUCAUUCCACUUCAUCAAUGCAACAACAAUCAUUCCAAAGAGGUCAUACUCCUUCACCUUCGCAAGUACCCAAUAUAUCUCAAAGUACCCCACUUCGAUCUCUUCCAUCUCAAUCAUCUUCAACUACUUCUCAACCUCCUCCUCCUCCUUCUUCGCAACAACAACAACAACAACAACAUCCUCAAUACAAUGAAAAUGGAUACCCCAAUAAUACAAACCCUCAACCAUCUUCAUCUUCACCCGUCCCUGGUUCAAAUCAAUCCAAUCCACCAAGACAUAGAUCUUAUUACCCAGAACAAAUAGCAGGAAAUCAACAACCACCUCGACCUCCUCGACAUGUUUCUACGGUUCCUGAAGCUGCCUUACGACGACCUCGAACUACAUCACCUUUACCCAAUCCUGAUGAGCCCAAUCCUAAUGACUCUAUGCAAGAUUUACAUACUGUGGAAGACAAUGGCGGCAAUGCGACAGAACGAGCAACGUUGAUGCGUGAAAUCAAGGCAAGGGAUCUAAUCAUUAGCGAAAUGAAGAAAAAAGAACAAUGGUGGCGAACAGAAGUUAGUUUGGCACGCAAACAGCGACCUCGAACCAUGACACCGGAUGAAGAAGGCGGCAACGAAGAAGAUGAGCAAAUGUUGAUGGCUUUGGGUGAUUUGGAAGAUGACAAAUUAAAACUGUUUGAACAACUGGUGACGGUGAAAUCGGAAUUACGGCGUGUACGGGCCAACAUUACACAGCAAGCACAACCCAUGUCAGACAAGGUAGCAUCAGCCGAACGUAUGCGAACAGCAGCUCUUCAAGAAGCCAUGUACUUUAAAUCAAAAUAUCUUGCUCUCAAAUCUCAACUCAUGGAAGAAGAAGAAGAAAGUAAUAGCUUAUUGGAAAAAAUCCAUGAUCAACGUGUGGAAGAUAUUGAAAAACGACUUGUCCUUGCUCUUGCAGAAAAUGAAAAGAACACUAAGUUACUUCAACAAUGGCAACGACGUGCACAACAUGAUCAUGCAGCCAAACAGUCAGCGGAAGAACGGGCCAAGGAAGCACAUGCACGAGCAGAAGAAGCACAACAUGCGUAUCAGCGUGGAUUGGAGGAAUUGGAUACCUGGCAUGCAAGAGCCACACGCGCAGAACAACAACAAAGAGAAAGUCAGCUCAAGAUUGUGGAUUUGACAUCACAAUUGUCUCAAGCACUUCAAGCCGUGGCCAAAGCAGCAGCAGAGGCAGAACAACAUGAGGAUCAAUUACAACUCAAGAUAUCACGCUUGGAAGCUGCCCAUUUGAAGGCUCGAAACGAUGCAGCUGCUUUACAACAACGUUUGGCCGAUGCCAUGGAUGAUAUUGCUCGCUUGAAAGGUGUGGUGGUUGAACGGGAUGAAGCUUUACAAGAUGCUCAAGCUCAAUUGGAGGAUGCUGAUAUGCAAUUGUCCAUGUUAAGGGAAGCAAUGCAACAAAGACAAUUACAACAACAUCAUUCAAAAGGUUUAUUAGGAUAGAUAGAGACGAUUAGGUUCUUUUUAUUUUUUUGAUGAUUGUUUUUUUUUUAUUUUUUGUUUUAGUUUUUUUAUAUAUAUAUGAAAUAAAGGAAGAAAAAAAAAAAAAGAAUGUAGAUCA